CUUUAGCAAGCCAUUAUGAAAUGGGAGAAGUUAAAGCCUCCAGAGCCAGAUGAUCCUAUGUGUUGCUGUGAGUGUGAUAUCUACCAGUACGGAUGUUGCUGUGACUGUGAAGAUCUGGAUGAAGCCUUUAACAGGUGGCUGAGAGACAGACCCCCUAAAGGUCGAUGUCAGUCUCCUGUACUCGGGGCCAUGAUUGGCAAUCUGGAGAUCUCCAUGAUCCCGGCCCUGGUUCUGCUACCUCUUCUGCUGCAGGUUGCAGCUCUGCAUUACCUGCUGGGUAUCAUCAUCCUGACAGCUCUGCCCGGCCUGGUGCUGUGGUACUACUACGCCACGCACCGAAAGAGGAGACGCACCCUCUUCUUCCUCACUCUUUCACUCUACUCCCUGUUCUAUAUGUAUUACCUUUUCAUCACAGAGAUCUUACCGCGUGGGGACGUCAGCCAGCUGCAGGCAUGUACUGUGACCGCUGGGAUGAUUCUCACUAUCGUCUCUCUUAUUCACACUAAGAGAGGCCCAGGAUUUGUGACCACUUCCCCACAUGAAGCACACAGUCAAGAGGCUAACAAGGACUCCAAACACCUUAAUGGAGCUAUCCAAUCAGCAGCCUCCUCCUCAGGGACUACAGCAGAGUUGCAGACAACAAAAGGGGCCCUGACAGCAAAAUGGAGCCGGUGUCCUGUGUGCAAAAUAAUGCGACCCCCGCGGGCCGGACACUGUAGAACCUGUGAAUCCUGUGUCCAGCGUCUGGACCACCACUGUAUCUGGAUAAACAGCUGUGUUGGACAGGCAAACCAUCGCAGUUUCUUGCUGACCCUCUCCGUGUUCGUACUGACCUCUCUCUAUGGGAUCAGUUUGGUGCUUUGCAGCCUUUGUCCUCGACAGUAUCUAAUGACAGCUCUCUUCUACUGCCCCGGCGUCUACAGUCAGCCUAGCACGGCGCUUUGUUUCACCUGUGCUUGGUACAGCAGCAUUGUCACAGGUGGAUUGCUUUACCUGUUGGUGGUACAAGUUCUGAACAUCAGCUUCAAUGUGACGGAGCGGGAGUCUCAGCUAGCUCUGAGGAACAAAACGGGGCAGAUCCGCCUGUGGGGACUCGUCAUCGACACAGGAGAGAAUUCACGUGGCUUCUGUCAGAACUGGGUUGAGUUCCUCACCAUGGCAGAUGCCGCGAUGGCAGGGAAGUGGUACCUGAUUGGAUUUGCCACUAACGCCCAGUGGUUUGUCAGCCGCAGAGCCAGCAUGAAGGUAGGCACGGCCAUGAUCACCCCAACUGCAGAUGGGGACCUGGACCUUUCAUACGCCAGUCUCAACUCUGAUGGCUCCUGCUGGAGACUAAACAACUUGGCCAGGAAGACUGAUACACCUGGAAGGUUCACCUACACAAGUGCGCGCUGGGGAAAUGAGAAUGACAUGCGGAUUGUUGACGUGAAGUAUGACGAGUACGCCCUGAUUCAUACCAUUAAGAUCAAGGCGGGUCAGGCCACCAUUGUCAACAAAUUAUAUGGCCGUGGAGUGGACCUCAGCCCUGAGCUGCUGGAGAAGUUCAGGCAGAUCUCCUUGGAGACUGGCAUCCUGCCUGAAAAUAUUGCUUUCCUUCCCAAAAACGCGGAGUGCCCAGCUGCCUAGUUUCCUGCCCCGGUCAUUGUAUGUCAAUGAUGCUGUCUGAAGACCUUAACGUUUGCUCUGAAUAUUCUACUUUUAUCAAAGUCACUUCCAUAAACUGAGACUACGAAUUCUUUUUUUUCCCAGUUUAUUUUAUUCUAAUGCCACUAAACAUGAUGUAAUGCCUGGUUUCAAUAUUAAGCUUUUGUCUACCUGCAGUUUAACAGAGCAGUCUUUAAAAAGUCCCUUCCAGACAUGUUUUGAGACAUAUAAAAUGAUUUGCUUUGAA